AUGGAUGCUUUUGAAGGAUCAGAGAAUCAUAUGAGUAUAUGGACUCUUUUUUCGCAGCCUUCUGCAACCAUUUUCCUGUAUGGGUUUUCUGCUUCUUCACACCUAAUUUUUUUAUUAGUUUUAUUAAUAUCCUGGGUUUGCAAGAGAUGUACGAUGCCUACCCUAGAAAACUCAAAACCAGUUUCCUAUUUUUUGUACUAUUGGUUAGCCUUUAUAUCUUGCAUGGGUCUUUCUUUCUGUGAUCUUCUGUUAUUUGUAUUAAACUACCACUCUGGGUAUAGACAUGGUUGGUCUAGCCUCAAGAUUUUUGCCCAAUUGGACUUUGCAUUCAGAACACUCACAUGGUUUGUGAUCUCUUCUUACUUGCACUUCCAAUUUUCUCAUUCAAGUGAACGUAGGUUCCCAAUUCUAGUCAGGAUUUGGUGGGCCUUCUAUUUUCUAAUGUCUUGCUCCAAUCUAGUUGUACAUCUUUCUUUGUGUUGGUCGUCCUUACCAUCCCUAUUAUGGGUCUCUGAUGUUGUAUCCAUUAUCGCCGGUUUGUUCUUUUGUUAUACUGGUUUGUUUGCCAAAGGGCUAGAAGAUGAAGAACUCCAACUUUCGGAGCCUCUUUUGGAAACUAGUUCAAGUCAAAGUAAUGGUGAUGAUGGACAAGGAAUAACUGGUACAGAAUGUAUGACUCCUUAUGCAAAUGCCAAUAUUCUUAGUAUAUUUACUUUCUCUUGGAUAGGGCCUUUGCUUGCCCUUGGGGGUAAAAAAACAUUGGACCUUGAAGAUGUUCCUCAACUUGCCAACUGUGAUAGUGCCAAUGUGAUCUUUUCUCGUUUUAUAAAUAAACUUGAAUCUGACACUAAUGAUAGUGGGAAUGGUGGUCACAUAAGCACACUCAAAUUGAUCAAGGCAUUGAUUAUCUCAAUAUGGAAAGAAAUUCUAUGGACGACACUAUUCUCCGUUAUAUGUACAUUGGCUUCUUAUGUUGGACCAUAUCUUAUUGGUGCCUUUGUUCAAUAUCUCAAUAGCCCUCACCAACUGAAACAUAAAGGCUAUGCAUUAGUGUUUAUCUUCUUUCUUUCAAAGCUCAUAAGGUGCCUCUCGGAGAGGCAUCUUUUCUUUCAAUUACGAAUGAUGGCAAUUAAGGUUCGUGUUGCCUUAUGCUCAAUAAUCUAUAAGAAGGGUCUUAUGCUUUCAAGCCAAUCAAAGCAAGGUCACACUAGUGGGGAGAACAUUAAUUUGAUGAGUAUUGAUGUUGAGAGGAUUGGCACUUUUAGUUGGUACAUGCACAAUAUAUGGAAGAUUCCUGUUCAGGUCAUUCUAGCAUUGUUGAUUUUGUACAAGAACUUUGGUCUCACAUCACUUGUUUCUUUUGUUACCACAAUGAUUUUUUUCUUAGCAAAUGUUCCACUAGGAAAACUACUAGAGAAAUUUGAGGGGGAAUUGAUGGAUUCUAAGGAUCAACGGAUGAAGGUGACAUCUGAGGCUCUAAGGAAUAUGAGAAUUCUCAAACUCCAGGGUUGGGAAAUGAAGUUCUUGUCUAAGGUAAUUGAUCUCAGAAACUUUGAAGCAAGAUGGUUAAAAAAAUUACGUUAUACAUCAGCUAUGACUUCCUUUGUCUACUUGUCUGCUCCCAUGUUUGUUUCCAUAGUUACUUUUGGGUUUUGUGUACUAGUGAGAAUUCCUCUACAGUCGGAAAAUAUUUUAUCUGCACUUGCAACAUUUGAUGUAUUGCAAGGGCCCAUUUUCAUUCUCCCAGGGACAAUAUCCAUGGUAAUUCAAACUAAAAUUUCUCUUGAUAGGAUAUCGUCAUUCCUCUGUCUUGAUGAUCUUCAUUCGAAUAUAGUACAGAAGCUUCCAAGAGAUAGUGUCGAGGUUGCAAUUGAGAUAGUUAAUGGGAAUUUCUCUUGGAACAUCCAUUCUCCUAGUUUUACAUUAAAAGAUCUUAAUUUUCGAGUGUAUCAUGCAAUGAAAGUGGCUAUUUGUGGUUCUAUUGGUUCAGGAAAGUCAAGCCUACUUUCAUGCAUACUGGGGGAAGUAUCGUACGUAUCUGGAACUAUUAAAAUGAAUGGGACAAAGGCCUAUGUUGCACAAUCACCUUGGAUACAAAGUGGCAAGAUAGUAGAUAAUAUAUUAUUUGGAAAGGAGAUGAACAAGGAACGAUAUGAGAUGAUCCUUGAAGCAUGUUCAUUGAAGAAGGACCUAGAAUUGUUUGCCUUUGGUGACCAAACUAUCAUUGGAGAGAGGGGGAUAAAUUUAAGUGGUGGGCAGAAGCAAAGAAUCCAAAUUGCACGCGCUUUGUACUAUGAUGCUGAUAUUUAUCUACUAGAUGAUCCUUUUAGUGCUGUGGAUGCUCAUAUUGGAACUCAACUAUUUCAGGAGUGUUUGCUGGGAAUUUUGGGUUCAAAAACAGUAAUUUAUGUUACCCACCAAGUAGAGUUUUUACCUUCUGCUGAUCUUAUACUGGUCAUGAGAGAUGGAAGGAUUACUCAAGCAGGAAAAUACAAAGAAAUUCUUAGUUCAGGAACUGACUUUAUUCAAUUAGUGGGUGCACAUAAAAAAGCUUUAGCGGACCUUAUUCCUAUUGAGCGUGGGGCUACUACGGAUAACUUAGUGAAUAAUAAGGAAGAUGGUAAUAUUCUAUCUAAGGAAUCUAUUCAAGAUGAUGAUGAAAGGGAACAAAAAAACCAUAAAAUAGAAAAAACGGUUGAGCCAGAAGGACAGCUUGUUGAAGAAGAAAAGAGAGAAAAGGGUGGAGUUAGUUUUUCAAUCUACUGGAAAUAUAUUACCACUGCAUAUAAAGGGGCUUUUGUACCAUUAAUAUUGCUAGCACAAAUUCUAUUUCAACUUCUCCUAAUAGUUAGUGAUUACUGGAUGGUGUUGGCUACUCCCAUUUCAGGGGAUGUGAAACCUCGUAUUCAAGAAUUCACUCUCAUCUUUUUUUAUGUUGUUUUGAUUCUUGGAAGUUGUUUUUGUGUACUUAUAAGGUCCAUGCUCAUUGUAAUCGUUGGAUACAAAACUUCCACUAUGCUCUUUAACAAAAUGCAUUUAUGCAUUUUUCGUGCUCCUAUGCUAUUUUUCGACUCUACUCCAAGUGGAAGGAUUCUAAAUCGGGCAUCUCUAGAUCAGAGUGCAGUUGAUACCUAUAUCCCGCAACAAAUUGAAGAACUUCUUAUGUCAAUCAUAGGAUUCCUUGGAAUAAUUGCAGUAAUGUCACAGAUUGCAUGGAAAAUGUUAAUUGUUUUUAUUCCAAUGACUGUGGCAUGCAUCUGGUAUCAGAAAUACUACAUUUCUGCAGCACGAGAACUAUCACGGUUAGCUGGAAUAUGCCAUGCUCCAAUUAUACAACAUUUUGCAGAAUCUAGUUUAGGUUCAACCACAAUCAGGUGCUUCGGUCAAGAAGAGAGAUUUAUUAAGACUAACCUCAAGCUCAUGGAUGGGUAUUCGCGGCCCAAAUUUCAUUUUUCUGGUGCGAUGGAAUGGUUAUGCUUCCGCAUGGAUAUGUUGGCAUCCAUCACAUAUGCCAUCUCUUUGAUUUUUUUGAUCUCAAAUCCUAAGGGAUUAAUCAGCCCUGGUGUUGCGGGUUUAGCAGUCACAUAUGGGCUUCGUUUCAGUAUGCAUGAGGUUGUAUGGGAUCUUAGUAAUCUAGAAAGUAGAAUCAUAUCUGUUGAAAGAAUACUGCAGUACACUUGUAUCCCUAGUGAACCCCUUCUAUUGGUAGAAGAAAAUAAUCCGGAUCAUGGAUGGCCAUCACAAGGGAAAGUUGAUAUUGUUGAUCUACAAGUUAGGUAUGCCCCAAACCUUCCUCUUGUCUUGCGAGGUUUAACAUGCAUUUUUCCUGGAGGCAAGAAGAUUGGUAUUGUUGGGCGUACAGGAAGUGGUAAAUCAACUCUUGUACAGGCUCUCUUCCGUAUGCUUGAUCCUGCAGCUGGUGAGAUACGGAUAGAUGGUAUUAACAUCAAUAAGAUUGUCCUUCAUGACUUGCGGUCAAGAUUGAGCAUCAUCCCUCAAGACCCUACAAUGUUUGAGGGGACUCUAAGAAAUAAUAUUGACCCACUUGAAGAGUAUAAUGAUGAACAGAUCUGGGAGGCUUUAGAUAAAUGUCAGCUUGGUGAUGAAGUUAGAAAGAAGGAAGGGAAGCUUGAUUCUACAGUGACUGAGAAUGGAGAGAACUGGAGCAUGGGUCAAAGGCAACUACUUUGUUUAGGGCGGGUAUUACUCAAAAGGAGCAAAGUGUUAGUACUUGAUGAAGCUACUGCAUCACUGGAUACUACAACUGACUAUCUAAUUCAACAAACGCUUAGUCAACAUUUCUCGGGAUCUACUGUAAUCACAAUUGCGCAUAGGAUAACAUCAGUUCUUGAUGCCGAUAUGGUCCUUCUUCUUGAUAAUGGCCUUGUAGUGGAAUAUGAUUCCCCAACCAAAUUGUUUGAGAUCAAGUCCUCAUCCUUUGCAAAACUUGUUAAGGAGUUUACUCGAAGAUGUAGUUCCUAGUUUUUGAAAGGCUGAAUAAGUGAGUUUUGAAUGUUCAAAUGUAAGCAGAAUCCAUUAGACUGAGGUGCAUUGCUAAGUAUGAAAAAAUUUUAUCAGGAGAAGAUGGUGGAAUAGAUAUCAUGGCAGCUUGUAAUCAAAUGAGUUAGCGUUGGUAUAUAGUUGAAGUACUAUGGGGCAGAACAAUUUUUUUUGCCAAGAGUCAGCAAGUGUAUUGUAUUAAUAUAGGAGAAAGAAAAUAUAUACAAUGAACGAAUUUAAAACAUUGAAUCUC